ACGCAGCAGUCCCCCAUUUCCACCCCUCGGUCAUCCUCCUCUGCUUCCCUCGCAUCUCUCUCUCGUCAGGGCAGCAGGAGCGGGGGCAGGGCAAGGAGGAAGGAACCCCACCCACCAACCCGCCCUUCCUCCUCCCCUGCUACCAUCGCGGCCUCGCUGAGCAGAGCUGGGAUGGCGGACAUCAUCCCGGACGCCAUCAAGAGAUACACCCCUCCCGUGCACAGGAAUCGUGCAAACAAUCGGCACAAGUCUGGAGAUAGGACCGACAAGGCUAAUUAUUCGUUCAGUAAUGAUGGGGAGAAGAGCCAUGUUCCUUCAUUAAAGAACCUUCCUCCAAUUGUUCAUCAUGAAACAUUCUUCAGCAACGUCCAGAAUGACUACAAUCAAACGAGAUUAGUACCUUUGGAGGGAUGUUCUGCCAGUGAGGCUUCACAGCUUCUCAGUGACCGUUGGGCUGCCGCAAUGAACUUGUACAAUGAUCAAUCAAUUGAUUCCUCGGAGAAACCAGUAAUGUAUUCUGGAUCUACUGGGUCAUCAUGGGGUCACCUGAAACUUCCUCAUCAGAUGAACUUCAUUGAAGAGUUGCGCCGUGCAGUUGAUGCUCAAGCAGGGACUGCACCGCCUGUCAACUCAUGGAACUAAUCAAACCCAGCAUCUGCAUCGUUAAAAUGUUGUGAUUAAUUUGUGGAAGGCAGGCUAUUUGCCAGUUUUUUGUGCGUUGUAUCUCAUAAUUAAACUGCACGCAUGCUGUGAAAAAUACUUUAGUCUAACCUGCAGCUGCUGGGGUUUCUUCUGGAAACGCCAUUGGUUAGAAUGUAUCAAUUCUUUUUCAGAAUCUAA